AUGUUAAGUGACCUGUCUCCACGGGCGGAGUCACUCGUCCCAGCGAAUGUCGACAAGCUAUUUGAUCUGCUUAAUACCAACGGCGAGGCGUCCUCGGGAUCAACAUGGAGUCGCGCACCAAGGUCCCUUUCUGCCACUCAACAGGGGAGUCGGAACUUGCUUGAUGGUGUUCUCUCGCCGGCUGCCACAACUCAAAGACCUUUUGUCCAACAACAUUCAAUAUGGCAGGAACCGCUUUUUGAGUCGGGGUGUAGAGGCUCACUGCAUGGUCAACAAUGCGCAGGGCAAUGCUCCGACCCCAAGAUAUUGUUCAGUUCCCUCAGCAUUCUAGGAAACUGCCUUGCCUUUGCAACCGCGGGCUUACUGGCAGAUGACGGCAUUGUUAUUCGAGAAGCCCCACUGGAGGACACCCCGACAUCACUACAAAUAGCUGGUGUCCCCGAAAACAUCAAUGCAACUCAGAUACUCGAUGAUAUUGUACGAUGCGCUGUGUCGUCCUGCGAAGGCGAAGGUAGAAUAUCCGGCAUGGCCACCUGCACGACACAGCUUAUCGAACUAAGGGGACACCUGGGUGGUCCGCAUAACGCCGCUAGCCUUGAGCAAUUCCAGGUCCUUCAUGACGGCCUAGGCCAAUAUUGUGGCAAGCUUGAUAUGGAGUUUGAGCCUGACAUUGCAGGGCCGGGGGUCCUGCUGUCACAAAUGAUACAGGCAUCAGUCUCAGUCACCUCGUUUGUUUUCAUCACGAUAAUCAGCUCUUGGGCCCGGUUCGUUCUUUUGGUCCACAAGCGAGGCGACUGGAAGAAAGCGGAGCGUCGUCACAGAAAACUCACAACAUCCAGAGUCCACGGUGCGUUGGUUUCGGCUGCCGUGGAAUUCCAGGAAGCCCAAGCCUUCUUCACCAUGGCCAUUCAGAUCGCGACCAUUGCCACGUUUGAGCCGAGCUUUACCUGCGGCUUGUCUUGCAGCCAGCAAGAAUCGAUCCAAUCCCUGAGCGACACCAUCAUGAAUGGGCAGUUGAUUCGUGCUCUGGCGGUCAACAGCAUGUUGCCUGUGCUUCUGACACAGUCAGUACUACACCGUGCCGGAAUGAGCUGGUGGUAUACCUUGACGCUUUGCAUCAUUGUCUGCAUCUUUUCAGAGGUCAUCAGGUGGCAAACUGUCACUCAAGUCCCUUUCCACAUCCUGUUAGGCCGGCUAAAAGAUCUAGUACCAGUGGAUGAGUGUGGUGGUAACCCUUCUCUGACAGCGUAUUGCCUGACGCCUUUAUACAAUCUUCAACUUGUGGAAAUGCCCAUGCUGAUUGUAGGAUAUACAACCGCCCUGGUACUCCUUCUUGCGCAGAGCGCACAUCGGACAUGGCCGAUUAUUUCACCUAUUGUCGAGAGGCAUAGACCUGGUCAGUUGCUGGCUUACUUGGGAAAGCAUUUCUUUCGAGUGUCUUGGUACGGAUUGCAGAUGACGCUUGCCAUCGCCACGGCCUUACAUUUCGUCACUCUUUGGACCAUCAGCCGCGGUUUGAAUGCGUCACCGAAAGACUGGACAUAUGGCCAGGUGGUGUCGGCAAUGCUCUGGGCUCCGAUAUUGGGAAAGUACCUAUACUACAAUAUUUUUGGAGUGAAGAGGGGAUUAUCCUUGCGGUAUGCCUACAGCGCCAGGGCUUUGAUCGAAUCACCACCCCGGUAUCAGGCUGCCUUAGCCACAGCAUCACCCCCAAUAACUAUCGACUUGGCACAUCCGCACCUUCACGGAAUUGCAUUUAAAUUCACGGUACAAAAGCUCCAGGUAUUCUGUUUUCCAGCACCAUUUGCCCCUCGAUCCACUACCACUUUCCGGCAAACAGGAUGUCAAUCAAUUCACCUCAGGGCAGCACCUCCAUGCUCCACACCCUGGUGGUACCUGUCACACCUACCGCCACUUGUUUACGGCCCUUUACCUAGCGCAGCAUCCAUCAGAAUCCUCGAUAUGAUCAAGCCAGCUGCAGGAGACAAAAACAUCAUCAGACUGUCAACUCGAAUCAUCAACCUAGACUCGGACUUAGCCUCGCUGCCGGAAUAUGUGGCUCUGUCUUAUACGUGGGGAAACCCAAUCACGAUUCGAGAGUCGGUGCCAGAUUCAAUGAAUUUCAGAAACCCCUUUUUCUGUUCCAUCAAGGGGCCGAAUAAUGAACGAUUUGGAUGGCUAGACCCGGCAAAAUGGAUUUAUUUCUGGCAAAAUAGCCGGUACAUGAUAGCUGAAGAGAAGGUCGAUUGGAACGGUGACAAAUUAAGGUGGAUUGAGUUGGAUGGCUGCGGCGUGCAGGUCAAGGAGAAUAUGUUUCACUUCUUGGAGACAGUUCAACGGGUACGAAAAGACUCUGCAGGGCCUCACGGUUGGGGCGGGCUUCAGCUAGACUCAGGUUUCGACAAUGUGGGCUAUCCGCUUUGGAUCGAUGCUAUAUGCAUCAACCAGGACGACCCAGACGAGCGAGGUUCUCAGGUAUCACUGAUGUCCAGGGUCUAUCAAUCUGCCAAACACGUUUUGGCAUGGACCGGGAAGAGUGACAGACUGUCGGAAUGGGCAGCCCAAAGGUUCAGUCGACUAAUGGAUUGGGAGGCACACCCAUGGAUCGCGCAGGAGGCGACUUUCGCAAAACGUACCUUCGUCUUAACCUCCACUAACCUGUUCCCUAUGAUGAUGGUCCUGUUGGCGCUGGAGGUGAUUGACAGGUAUGGAUAUCUCGAGGAUGAACAAGGGGUCACUUUGGAUCAUGCAGAGCGAUUGGCAGUUGAGCCACGAGAUGCUUUCAUUUUCCUUCGGGGAUUCCGAUAUUUUACCACGGGUGCAUUUGGAUAUCACUCGGGUACAAUUAUCAGUGCCCCGGCUGACUCAGUUCCCUUGAGCCCUUUCCACGAGCGGCUAAGUCUACUUCCUGUCAUAUCGGUCUUUCGGAACCUCAAUGCCUCUGACCCUCGGGACAAGGUAUUUGCAUUUUUGAACAUUGCAGAGGAAAAGGGGCUUGUUGCGCCAAACUACCGCCAAAGUGCCCAGGCCGUUUUUCGGGCGACAGCAGAGGCCAUAAUUAAGGACACCAACAGUCUCUCUGUACUAUCACACAUUGAAGAUCCGUCAAACCGAAAGAUCGAGGACCUUCCCGAUUGGGUCCCUGACUUCAGCGCGAGGCUAGAAACGGAAACGUUUGACAAUGGGUCCGACCCUUGCAGAUAUUGCGCCUCAUAUAUCAACUUCAAAUUAACGGAAGCAAGCGAGAUCGUCUUCCAUCCUGAGGGGGGUUUGUCCGUCGUGGGCCAUUGCAUUGACACAGUGAAGGCAGCUUGA